AUGCAAUCGAUACCGCCUGCAGCUCAGGCCAGCCAAUUGCAGCAACGCCUGACCCGAACUAUCGACACCGCACAAGUCGCACAUACGAAGCAUGUGAAGCCGUCACAUUUGGCCGCUUGUUCGUCUGUGGCCUGUCUCGGUGCCUCGUCAGAGCCACCUCCGCUGCCGCAACCGAAACAGCCGCUUUCACGAGCACUCAAUCUUGCCCAAUUAGGCUCGGGCCUCGGCGAGUGCACCAGCAGCAGCAGCAACAGUAGUAGUACUGGUGGUGAUUGCGUCAAUUCAGCAUGA